CCUGCGACUAAGGCGGCAAAAUGGAGGAGACGCCUCACGACUGUCCCGGGACCGGCAGCGCCCAGGCAGGCCGAGGGUCCGCAUGCCAAGGGUGCCCCAACCAGCAGCUAUGCGCUUCGGGAGCUGGCGCGGUUCCGGACCCAGCCAUGGAGGAAAUCAAAGAGAAAAUGAAGACCGUGAAACACAAAAUCUUGGUGUUGUCUGGGAAAGGCGGUGUUGGGAAAAGCACGUUCAGUGCCCACCUUGCUCACGCCCUAGCAGAGGAUGAAAACACACAGGUUGCUCUUCUAGACAUUGAUAUAUGCGGCCCGUCAAUUCCCAAGAUGAUGGGAUUGGAAGGAGAACAGGUUCACCAGAGUGGCUCGGGCUGGUCUCCAGUGUUCCUGGAAGACAACCUGGGGGUGAUGUCAGUGGGUUUCUUGCUCAGCAGUCCCGACGACGCCGUUAUCUGGAGAGGACCAAAGAAAAAUGGCAUGAUCAAGCAGUUCCUCCGAGAUGUGGACUGGGGAGAGGUUGACUACCUCAUCGUGGACACCCCACCCGGGACUUCUGACGAACACCUCUCGGUCAUCCAGUACCUGGCCGCAGCACACAUCGAUGGGGCGGUGGUAAUCACCACCCCUCAGGAGGUGUCCCUCCAGGAUGUCCGAAAAGAAAUCAAUUUCUGUCACAAGGUGAAGCUGCCCAUCAUCGGGGUGGUAGAGAACAUGAGCGGCUUCAUCUGCCCUAAGUGUAAGAAAGAGUCUCAGAUAUUCCCACCAACCACCGGGGGUGCCGAGGUCAUGUGCCAGGAUCUGAAGAUACCUCUCCUUGGCAAAGUGCCUCUGGACCCACACAUAGGUAAGAGUUGUGAUGAAGGACGGUCUUUUUUGAUUGAUGUGCCAGACUCACCAGCCACAUUAGCCUACAGGAGCAUAAUUCAAAGAAUCCAAGAGUUUUGUAGUCUCCGCCAGCCAAAAGAAGAGAGAACCUCAUUAGCCCCUGAAACACAGCGGAACGUUCUGGACGAAAGCAGCCCGUCCUAACCAGCCCAGGCAGAGUAGGGGAUCGCAGGCAGAGGGACCAGACUCUGGAGCAGGGUGAAGUCACUUUUGCAGAGACACUUUAAUCAUCUAAUAUUUGUACAGUUUUGUUUAGAACAUAUGUAAAGGGCAUUCUUUACAAAUGUGCCAUUUAAAAAAUAAAAACAUCUCCUCAAACCUUU